UCCUCAAAUGCUUCUCUUAACGUGCUGACCUGCUGUAGAGGUGCAAGUACGAACAUACUGCACAGUUUUUAUUCGACUAUACAACAAAGAACUUUCUUGAAUCUAUUUGUUCAUUUUUGUUAUUUUAGCAUCCAUGGAAUCUCUGGACUUGGUGAACCCUUACUUGUUCAGGUACAAAAGGAGGAUUUUUUUAGUCAAGGGGAAAUUGAGACCUUCAGACCUUGAUGCUCUGAAACAUUUUGAGAUUCGCCCUACUGAUCUCUUCCUCGUCACGUACCCCAAAUCAGGCACAGCAUGGAUGCAGCAGAUUCUGGUCCAGAUUAUGGAAGCUGCACACCCUGACUGGGCAGAAGAUGUGAGCAACAGGGCACUGGUUCCUUGGCUGGAGGAGAGAAGCUUAGACAACCCUUGCCGUGAAAGGCCAGAUCCUCGGAUCUUUGGCUCACAUCUCCCACCUGACAUGUUGCCCCAGGGAGUGAAAGACAAACAAAUCAAAGUUGUGUAUGUUCGAAGAAACCCCAAAGAUGUCCUGGUGUCCUUGUACCACUUUGCCCAAAGUUGGGUAAUGCUGGAAACACCGCGGAGCUUUGAGGAUUUCUUUCAGCAGUUCCUGGAUGGUAAUGUUUACAUGGGAUCAUGGUUUGAGCAUGUGCGAGAAUAUCACGAAGCACAAGAUCAAUUGAACAUCCAUUUUGUGCAGUAUGAAGACAUGUUGAAGGACCUCAGAGGGGAAGUUGUUAAGCUUUGUGCUUUUCUGGGAAAAGACUUGACAGAUGAAGCUAUUGAUCGUGUUGUGGAGGCGUCCACCUUCAAAAACAUGAAGAACAACCCCAAAGCAAACUACAAGGACUUACUUGAAACUAACCGUUACAAGAAGGAAACCAUGCGCAAAGGUAUAGCAGGCGACUGGAAGAAUGUCUUCACAGUGGCUCAAAACGAAGAUUUUGACAAAGUGUUCAAGGAGAAGAUGAGCGACUUUCCUCUGACCUGCACCUGGGAGAUCAAACAGUAGCUCCUCUUGAAGCUCAACCUUUACCUAUGAAGUAAGAGUCUCCCUUAACACAGAAACAGUGAUUUACUCCCUGAUGCAUGAUUAACAGCAAAUGCCAAUAUUUUUUCUGGUGAUUGGGUUGUGUGUUGUUGAUGGGGUUUUUUUGUUUUCCUGUUUAAAAAAAAUAUGGGUUGUUUUUGCCUUAACUACAAUAAGUUCUAAGAAACCAAAGAAAAAUCCUGCAAGUUCACUGCUCUGCACUGCUUUGUUUACCUUUGCAUGAAGUAACGGUGCGUACCCACCAAACGCGAUUAAAAAUGAUCGCGCCUCAAGAUUACAUACAAAGUCAAUGCAAAGACGCGA